AUGACAACAAGAGCAGGUGCGAACCACUUUGCAAUGUUUUAUUUAUCGUAAGACAAGGACCAAUAAAGUUAAUAACAAAUAUGGAUAUGAGAAGACAGACUUUAAGGAGUUUGAUUAAAUCAAGUAAAAAUGUUAAAAAGCGGAAAGGCCAGACCUAUAACUCUUGGAUUCAUGUAACAAUUGGAAUAACUGUGACGCUUAUGAUUGGUUACUCUUUUCAAAUUAUGUCCAAUCAAACGACUUUUACAAGACCCGAAGAAUCGAGUUUAAUUAUUUUAAAUAAAAGUGUGAGUAAAGUGUCGGGUUAUAGAGCGGAUGAUUUAUAUAGUUUAUAUGAGAAAGGUUUAGUAAUAACACCGGAAGAUGAAAAGUUAUAUGAAGCCGGGUAUAAACAACACAACUAUAAUCAGUAUAUCAGUGAUAAACUAGAUCCUAAUAGACGUAUACCUGAUGCUAGACACAAACGGUGUAAGUCUCGUAACUAUGGUGAUAAGCUGCCAACUGUUAGUGUAGUUAUAUGUUUUAUGAACGAAACCUUUUCAGCUUUAAUAAGAACCGUUCAUUCUGUUAUAAAUAAAACACCUUCCUAUUUAUUGGCUGAAAUUAUUCUUAUAGAUGACAACAGUAAGCUAGAUGAUUUACAACAGAACCUUGAAUCACACCUUCAGCAGACAUUUUAUUCUAAAGUUAGAUUAUUUCGAAACAGUGAAAGACAGGGGUUGAUCAGAUCGCGUAUGCGUGGUGUGAGAGAGGCGACUGGUAAAGUUUUGAUGUUUUUAGACAGUCACUGUGAAGUAAAUAUAGGAUGGAUAGAGCCACUAUUAUCUAGGAUAAUGGAGAAUAGAAGUAUUGUACCAUCACCAAUAAUAGACAUAAUUAAUCCCGACACUUUGGUAUAUGAACCAAUUCCUUUAUUUAUUGGUGGAUUUAGAUGGAGUCUGAUAUUCAAAUGGGACCCGCUACCCGAUAAAAUACUCAACAACAAAUCUGCGCAGUCAUAUCCUGUGAAAACGCCAGCCAUGGCUGGGGGAGUAUUUGCUAUAGAUAAAGAAUAUUUUCAAGAGAUAGGAGAGUAUGACCCUGAACUUCACAUAUGGGGAGGAGAAAAUAUGGAGCUGUCAUUUAAGGUGUGGCAGUGUGGUGGUCAAGCAGAGAUUGUGCCGUGUUCUAGAGUAGGACAUAUUUAUCGUAAAAAGAGACCCGGUGCUGACGAAUCAAUUUCAAUUCUAACCAAAAAUGUCCUGCGUAUAGCUCAUACCUGGUUAGAGGAUUAUAAGAAAUAUUUUUACAUGUUGAACCCUGAGGCUCAAGGUAUUUUAUAUGGUGAUAUAUCAGAUCGUCUGGCUUUAAAAGAAAGAUUAGGAUGUAAAAGUUUUAAAUGGUAUUUAGAUAAUGUUUAUCCUGAACAGUUGUUACUAACCGAUCCCAAUUAUGAUUCUCUGGAAGCUCAGCGGGUAAAGAGAAUUGAUGAUAGUCUUUUACGUCACAACAGAUUUUCCAUUACAAGAGUUGGCAAGAUAUUACAUAUAUCAUCUGGACUGUGUUUAUGGUAUAAAGUUGAUGAAACAGAAGUUACAGUUAUUUUAAUACCAUGUGAUAUACAGCAACCACCGACGUGGCGUGAAACAGAUCAUCAUAGUUUCAGACCAUCAAAUUUACACAGAAAAUGUUUACAUAGUACCACAGAUAUUACUACGUCACAGAUCCGAUCAUGUGACUUUAGAUCUACUCAAACCUUUAUAUGGCGACUACAGAAUACUACAAGUCAGCUGUAUCAUCCUGCUAGUGGUAAAUGUUUGGAACCAGACUCAGAUUAUCAACAAUCUGUACUUCGUCUGGUACCAUGUACAGAUAAUAAUAAACGAUUACAUUUUGUUAUGAUUAAAUAAACGACCACAGGGGCGGAUCCAGAGGGGGGUUCCCUGGUCAGCUACAUAAUUUUUUUUGUAAAUCAGUACUUUUUAUGAGAAACGUUUCUCGGCCGUGUGCUUUAUCCUUUAUCGUCAGAUGUGGGACAGGAUGGGCACUCAAAGCACGAGGUAAUGAUAUAGACAUUAUGUGAUAUCACAAUUAAUGCUUUGCAUCCAUGAAAUUGAAUGACAAAGUCAUUGUAUUAAUUCAUAAUAAAAAUUGACACCAAA